AUGACAGCCAGAUUUCUAAGAACAGCCUUUGCUUUGUUCUUCUUCUGCAGCCUCUUUGGGGUCCUGGAGGCAACAACAAUAUCGUGCAGGAAUGAGGAAGGCGAAGCUGUGGAUUGGUUUGCCUUUUAUAAGUUACCUAAAAGGCAAGACAAGGAAAGCAGACAGACGGGGUUAGAGUACCUAUACCUAGACUCUACAACCAGAAGCUGGAGGAGGCGUAAGCAACUGAUGAAUGCCACUAACAGCGUGUUGGGAAGGACAUUACAACAGCUAUAUGAAGCAUAUGCCUCCAAGCCUAACAGCACAGCCUACCUAAUAUACAAUGAUGGAGUUCCUACAUCUGUGAAUUACAGCAGAAAAUAUGGACACACUAAAGGUUUUCUGCUGUGGAACAGAGUGCAAGGAUUCUGGCUGAUUCACUCUAUUCCCCGAUUUCCUCCAGCUCCUGAAGAAGGCUAUGAUUAUCCACCCACAGGGAGGAGACAUGGACAAACUGGCAUUUGCAUCACUUUUAAGUACAACCAGUAUGAAGCAAUAGAUUCCCAGCUCUUGGUCUGUAACCCAAACAUUUAUAGCUGUUCCAUCCCAGCCAUCUUUCACCAGGAGCUCGUUCAUAUGCCCCAGCUGUGCUCCAGGUCCAGCUCAUCAGAGAUCCCUGACCGUCACCUCACCGCACUUCAGUCAGCCCGGGGCCAAAAAUUCCUCCAUUUUGCAAAGUCUGAUUCUUUUCUUGACGACAUCUUUACAGCCUGGAUGGCUCAACGGUUGAAGACGCAUUUGCUAACAGAAACCUGGCAGCGAAAGAGGCAAGAGCUUCCUUCAAACUGCUCCCUUCCUUACCAUGUCUACAAUGUCAAAGCAAUUAAGAUAUCUGGACAGUCUUAUUUCAGUUCUUACCAGGAUCAUGUCAAAUGGUGUGUUUCCCAAAAAAGGACCAAAAAUCGCUGGACCUGUAUUGGAGACCUAAAUCGGAGCCCACACCAAGCAUUCAGAAAUGGAGGAUUCAUUUGCACCCAGAAUCAGCAUAUUUACCAUGCAUUUCAAGGAUUGGUUUUGUUUUAUGAGAAUUGUAACUAAACUUGGUUAAAGGAUAUAUGUGCCGUUAUUUUCAACACUGACAAUAGGUCUUCUUCCUUUAGAUCCAUUCUUUAUGUAUUAAAAGCCUGUGAGUAUACUUAUA